ACUGUGUUCGACAUUUAUGCCUCUGGGGGCAAACCUGCAAGCUCAAAGAAAUCAAGCAUGAAAAGUGCUGGAGAUGCCAGUGGGGAAACUCUGAGAAAAAAUGCUCGACCAGAAGACCUUCCAGUUCCUACUCCUUCAAGGACAGCCACUCCUCCUCCCCCUCCUCCUCACACUAAGUCCUCCACCGAACAGGCAGGAGGAUCUUUGGUGGCUGAAUUGUUGAGCAACGCUUCUUGCUCAACAAUUGAUAAAGUCCAAUAUGUAGCCAGACACCACCACAACCAAGAGGCCUUUGCUUCUCUCCCAUCAAUGAGACUUGAUCAGGUCCUUGCUCCUGGGUUCAAUGAAGUAGUCAGCGGUCUUCUGACUGUGAACAAUGGUUGGCACCAUGUUGAGAAGAUUGACUCGAAACAUGCUGAGGAGAUCAAAGCAUGGGAGUCCAACGCCAGGGCGUUGGAGGCCAAAGUUAAGACAACUGAAGACAGAAUCAAAAUAGUUGAGGACAAAAUCAAAGCAGUUGAGGACAAAGUCAAAGAAUUUGAAGACAAAGCCGCUGUUUUGACUGAGGAGUUCAAGAACAACAAAGAAGAUCUAGCUAAGGCUGUUGCUACCAAGGAAAAAUUCAAGGAAUCCUCUGAGACCAACUAAAGGAGGCAGUCAAAAUGCAAGAAGAGCUGGUUGCAAGCAUGAAAGAGGCCAACAGACUGAAGGAUCGGGUUAAACUGCUCAAAGAACAGAACACUAGUAAUUUGGAGAGGUUCCAAGAAGCCACCUUCAACUGCUUUUACAUGUUCUAGAAGAACAAUCAAGGUGCGAAUUUUGAUUACCUUCCCAAGCAGGUAAAACAAGCUGAACUUGCCCGGCGCGCUGCUGGCCCGGCUCCUGAAUUUUCCUUAACGACAGGCAUUGACAUAACUAAAGUAGCAGAAGCUGGAACAACAGUCGACCAACAUCCUCACCAGGACCCCUCUGCAGCUGCACAAUAAAAUUUUAUAUGUAACUAGAACACCCGGACAGACUGUACGUGGUGUUAAGACAAUUUGCUGUCUAAGGCAGUUUUAUUUACUUAUAAUAUUUCUAAUUACAUCCGAGCAUCAAUUUGGAAAAAUACUCUAAGUGUCAUAGUAUGCUUUCCCUUAUUUUGCUCGUGUGUUUACAUAUGU